AUGCCCUGCACGGUGCUAAUUCCCAAGUCCGGCGAUGCCCCGAACAUCGAGAACCUCAGGCCGAUUCCUCUAACCUCCUGCGUCGGCAAGGAUGCCAUGAAACUAAUCAAUCUUCAUAUUGUGGAUGGCCGUUCCAGAGACGUCAAGGCUCUCCUCCGUCUGGAACUCGAGAAGGUUUUCGACAACGUACUUCACAGCUUCAUCGUAAAUACCAUUUCAGACCUGAGUCUCGGUUGCAGAUUACACAGCUACGUCAACUCUUUCCUAACGGACAGCAAGGCCAAGCUUCGCAUUGGGGACUUCCGCUCCGAUGAUGUGGCCCUCGGAGGGUGGGGCACUCCUCAGGGUGCCGUCAUUUCUCCCACACAGUUUAACGACUGUAUGAUUGGUAUUUCCGAGAGGUUGGCACGCGUCGAGGAAGUCAAGCACACCAUCUACGCCGACAUCACCUUAUUGUGCUCCGGCGGCUGCGAGGGAAGAGCGGAAGAGUAG